UGAGAAGUGAGGAGAGUGGUUGCCUUUGGUGGUAGAGGUGGCUGGAAGUGGGGACUGGGGGCUUCCUGAAGCCCUGGCUGUGUUCUUUUCCUUGAUCACUGUGCUGGCUGCGGGGGGCUGUGCAGUCUGUAAAAAUUCUUCAAUCUGUGCACUUAGGAUUUGUGUACUUUUCUGUAUGAAUGCUAAAGUUGCACAAAGCAUUCCAUUUAAAACGAAAGAAAACCGAAAGUGGUUUGUCCAAAUAUUAUUUAACUUAAGACUGCUAUCAGCCAAUGCUCUGCCACUGCUGCCCCCUACUGCUCCCAGAUAUGGGCUCUUUGUCCUAGAAAGGGGCUUGGGAAGCCUGGUCUCUCCUUUCAUCAUCUCUUUCACCCAGGUGUACAAGAGCAGAACCCGGCAUUGAUCAUUUCAAGGAUGGAGCCAGUGUUUCUGGUCUGUCCCUGCCUCAGCAUCCCCCACCGCCCCUGGCAUCCAUACCCGCAGUGGGUGCUGUAACAGCAUCUGGGCUCUGUGGUCUUCUUUGCAGAACAUCGUAGCUGUGGGAGCUGGCUUCUGCGACGGCCUCCGCUGCGGAGACAACACCAAAGCUGCCGUCAUCCGCCUGGGACUCAUGGAAAUGAUUGCGUUCGCCAGGAUCUUCUGCAAGGGCCGGGUGUCCACAGCCACCUUCCUAGAGAGCUGCGGAGUGGCCGACCUGAUCACCACCUGCUACGGAGGGCGGAACCGCAGGGUGGCCGAGGCCUUCGCCAGAACUGGGAAGACCAUUGAAGAGUUGGAGAAGGAGAUGCUGAACGGGCAAAAGCUCCAAGGACCUCAGACUUCUGCCGAAGUGUACCGCAUCCUCAAACAGAAGGGACUAGUGGACAAGUUUCCACUGUUUACUGCAGUCUAUCAGAUCUGCUAUGAAGGCCGACCAGUUCAAGAGAUGUUGUCUUGUCUUCAGAGCCAUCCGGAGCAUAUCUAAACUGAAUUGCGCAACGUGCUGGGGAAAGCUCUGCCUUUCGGAUCCAUCUUUUGGGUUCACGUGGAAACCAGGACUUGGCAGCAUGAUGUUUGCUUGACUGUAAUCUCAUCAUGGAUAUGUAUGAAUUUUUACAGGUUCAUUUUUAAAUUGUGGGAGGAAGUUCAUUGGCAAAGAUGUCCUGGGCAGCAGCUAAACACACACACACAAACAUGUGAAUGGCAGUUUCUUCCUCAUUCUGCGGGUGUUUCUAUGAGCCAAAAUUCAAUGUCUUUUUAAAAAAUUGUUUAUGAAAUUUCCACACAAUGGUAGCUUAUAAAAUUGGAAUGACCUCAGCUAAAUUGUUUUAGGUGUAAUACAUACGGAUUUGAGUGGGGGAUUUCUUUUUUCUCAUUCUUCUAAUGUUAAAUUUUAACCAGCAUUAACAUGGUAGACUGGAUGAGUGUGUUCAAAGAUCAAUAUAUUUAACUUCUAAACACUAUCUCAAAGCCAGCCUAAUUAACUACUUUGUGGGCUGACCUUUGUUUUUUUAACAAUCAGGUAUUUUUAAUUAGAUAAUCCACUUCCGUAUUUCCCCCUCACUGCAGUUGUCUGCAUUUUUAGCCUCUUUUCUCUUCAUUAGUUGUCAGAAUGUGCCUUCAUCAAGGCUCAGCAGUGACAGAAGACAGAGAACUCAUCUGGGGUUUUCCUGCUGUGUCGGGCACGUUCUUCUGAUUAGCAGACACUUGUAUGAUGCUUUUGGCUGGUUAGUGCUCUUUUUGCAAACAUUUCUCUUAAGCAUCACAGAUGCUCUGGGGGGCCGGGGGCUACUGUUACUCCUCUUGUUAGAUGCCGUCACUCUUCCUGGUCACCCAGUGAGCAAGGACAGAACCAGGAGUCAAUUACAACGCCAAGGUACGUGACCCUCCAAUAAUUCACUGGGCUGAUUUGACCCCUGACUAAUUGGUUGUGGCAAACGCCAUGUGCAGCCUUUCCUGGGGCCGCAGGAGGGCUUCCUGCAGCUGAGAUCUGUGCAGGCCAUCCUCAACGAUGCCUCUCCCAAGUGUACUUCUCGGUUCAAGAGCAGCAGCUUCACUUGGUGGGUUGGUGGCGGGCGGCGGGCCUCUGUCAGAAAUGCAGAUUUCCAGGUCCCAUCCUGGACCUCUGAAGGGUUAUGGCGUCUGUGCUUUGGAUACUCACUGCAAUCAGAGAACCACUACUUGAGAAAAUCUGCUUUAACUUGGCAUUCCUCUAACCAUGUCCCCUGGGACAUGAGUCCCCCAAGAUCCAGCGGUUAUUCCAGGUGCUCCCCGGAAAGGUCCGGUGAGUUUGGGAAGUACCGUGUCUGUACACCCCUUGAAGGUGUAGAAUGUAUGUUCAUACAUCAGUGGAACCCAUUUUUCUAGCCCAGCAAGUCCCAAACACAUUACACUGAAGCGAGAUUUUGGUGAGGUAACUUGCUGGAGUUUUCAGGGAACGCUGUUCUAGGCUUAGGUGACCUUAGGAUGACUCAAGUAGACCCUUCACUCCCUUCGAGGAACUAGGAUGAAGAACUACCUGUGGUAUUGCUGGUUCCGAACUUUGACAGUUCAGGCCUGCCGUGAAUCUGAUAAAGCUUUAAGGUGACACUGUUGUACAAGAUGUCAGCUUUGCUGAAACGCACAUUACCUGGACUAAGUGCUUUAAUUGUAGAAUUAGGAUGGGAUUGAUGUACUGUUUUAAGUGAGAUUGGCUUCAGAAUAGCGUUACAGUACUUUAUAUAGCACUUGACAUAUGUUAAAGGAGCGUAUGAAUGUAAUUUAUAUAUUCCUGGAAUUUCAGUUACUUUGUGAGAUUUGGGCCUGUCCCUCAACCCCAGUUUAGGAUUUUUUUUUCUAGACCUUUAAAUGAUUAUAAACUAGAUUUUUGUGGGAAUUUUAACUCUAUCCAAACCAUUUUUGGAGCAUUUUAAAGCCCCAUACACAGAAGUAUACGAAAGCACACAGAACGUUACAAGUGUCAGUUUUAGCACCGCCAUGAACCCACUUUGCUUGUCUCAUGAAAAAUCUUUUUUAAAGUUUGUACAUAGGUAACAAAAAGUUACUUUUAAAGAUACAUAAAGGGCUGUAAGCUAAUUGUGGUGUCUACUAAGCAGCAUAAUGAGAUGUGAGGAGGUGGGACUUUACGUGUUUGGCAUAUUUUCAUCUGCAUUCAGCUUCUUACUCUGGGUUUGUAUUCGAGUGCUAUUUCUUUACAAAUCCCCUUGUAAUUACCACUCUGAAGUCUGCUGACUGUGUCUCCUGAACAUACUUAGCAUAUUCUGCACAUCAUGGAAAAAGGCAAAUUUUACAAGUUUCUGCUGUACUAACUGUAGAUAUUUAUUGCUCUGUGAGUUGUCUAUUUUUAUAACCACCUGUGGUCCAUUGUUCGUUUUAAUUCAUAUUUCUUACGAAGUAUGGUAACAAGGAGGGAGACACCUAGAUUAGAAGCUCAAUUUGUACUACUUCAGCCAAUCUGUGAAUGUAAAAACUACACCGUGGCCUUGCUGUGAUCCACUCUUCUGCAGUGCGGAACAAAUAUCUGAAUGAAAUCCACCCUAGGAGAUGGAGUCAUACUGAACUUGCGGUUUUUCAUUUUAACUCGUAACUAUAACAUGGCCCCGUGGCAUCCGCACCAGGAGGGCGUCGUGGUGGGGUGUCGUUGUGAUAGGGGACUUCAGUUUUUCCACUAGUUCUUAUCUGCUAGCCUUUUACAUAUAUGUGUUCUGUAUUUGUUUACAGACUGGAGGUGGAUAUAUAAUUUUAAACCUUGGUUUAAUAAACAUUUAACCCCCUAAACUUGCA